AUGAUGGGCUCCGUGCUCCCCGCGGAAGCGCUGGUUCUCAAGACGGGGCUGAAGCAGCAGGGGCUGUCCCUGGCGGAGGUGAUCACGUCGGACAUCCUCCACAGCUUCCUCUACGGCCGCUGGAGGAACGUGCUGGGGGAGCAGCUCUUCGAGGAGAAGAACACCCACAGUAACCCGAAAACGGCCUUCACGGCGGAGGUGCUGGCUCAGUCCUUCUCGGGGGAGGUGCAGAAGUUAUCCAGCCUGGUCCUGCCCUCGGAAGUGAUCAUCGCCCAGAGCUCCAUCCCCGGGGAAGGGCUGGGCAUCUUCUCCAAGACCUGGAUCAAAGCCGGCACCGAGAUGGGACCUUUCACCGGCCGGGUCAUCUCGCCGGAGCACGUGGAUCUGUGCAAGAACAACAAUCUCAUGUGGGAGGUCUUCAACGAUGAUGGCACUGUCCGCUACUUCAUCGAUGCCAGCCAAGAAGACCACCGUAGCUGGAUGACCUACAUCAAGUGUGCCAGGAACGAGCAGGAGCAGAACUUGGAAGUGAUCCAGAUAGGAAACAGUAUAUUCUACAAGGCCAUUGAGAUGAUUCCACCAGACCAAGAGCUGCUGGUCUGGUACGGGAACUCCCACAACACCUUCCUGGGGAUCCCGGGCGUGCCGGGCUUGGAGGAGGAGCAGAAGAAGAACAAGCAUGAGGACUUCCACACGGUGGAGACGGGCGCCAGCACGGCCGGCCGCAUGCGGUGCGUGAUCUGCCACCGCGGCUUCAACUCCCGCAGCAACCUGCGCUCCCACAUGCGCAUCCACACCCUGGACAAGCCCUUCGUCUGCCGCUUCUGCAACCGCCGCUUCAGCCAGUCCUCCACACUCCGCAACCACGUGCGCCUGCACACCGGGGAGCGCCCCUACAAGUGCCAGGUCUGCCAAAGUGCCUACUCCCAGCUCGCUGGACUCCGGGCCCACCAGAAGAGCGCAAGGCACCGACCUCCCAAUGCCUCCCUGCAGUCUCACUCCCCAGCCUUGCCCGGGCCCCACCCUGCCUCCCUGGCGCAUCACAUACCGACAAUGGUGCUGUGA